CACCAAUUUUGUUUUGCAAGAUAACGGCACCAGCAACCACAACCACAAUCAAGCCACAUCGAUGGAGCGCUACGAUGUGCUGGAGGUGGUGGGCCGCGGCUCCUUUGGCCAGGUGUUCAAAGCACGCAUGAAGAACACGCUGGAGAUUGUGGCAAUGAAGUUUAUCACCAAAGCCGGCCGCAGCGCAAAGGAGCUGCGCUUGUUGCAGGAAGAGAUGACCAUCUUGAACCGACUCGAUCACCCGCACAUCAUCCGCAUGAUUGAGUCCUUCGAGACCCCAGACGAAGUGGUGGUUGUCACUGAGUUUGCCGAUGGUGAGCUCUUCCAGGUGCUCGAAGACGACCGCGUCUUGCCCAUGGAAGAGGUUCGAAGCGUUUCGCAGCAGCUUGUGUCUGCGCUUCGUUAUUUGCACUCCCACCGCAUCAUGCACCGCGAUAUGAAGCCGCAGAACAUCCUGGUUGGGAAACAGGGAAGGGUCAUGCUGUGCGAUUUUGGGUUCGCCCGUGCCAUGAGCAUGAACACCCUCGUCCUCACAUCCAUCAAAGGCACACCUCUGUACAUGGCGCCCGAACUCAUCAAGGAGCAGCCGUAUGACCACCGUGCGGAUCUCUGGUCGCUGGGCUGCAUCCUCUACGAGCUCGCUUUCGGUUACCCGCCAUACUACACGGACAACAUUGUCACCCUUGUCAACAUGAUCGUUGGGGACAACAUCAAGUGGCCAGACACCGUGGAUCCAGAGUUCAAGGAUUUGUUGACGGGACUGCUGACAAAAUCGCCGUCUAAGCGGCUGGCGUGGCCCGCACUUGAACACCACCCCUUUCUGUGCAACCACGGUAACAUUCACGGCAUCCCCUUUCAUCCGGGCACCGUGCCCCCAAUCGACCGCUCGCUCGUGUCGCGGGCAGGGACCAUGUCCCCACCGCCCGUCACCCCGACAUCGCACCCGCCAACACGACGGCGGCGAGAGGCUGCAGCACACCACGUCGACACGAGCCAGGUCUUUCCACCGCCACCAGCAUCGUCGUCGUUGUCAUCGCACGCCCGCCACCCCCGACGCGCGGACAGCGCAACGCCGCGUGCAAGCUCCAGUCGCCUGAAGGACAACAACACGGCAGCAGCAUCCGCCGCCAGUUCAACGUCGACGCUGCGGGGAAGCGAGCAGGAGCCAGCAGCAUCCGCGUCAACAGCAGCAGCACGAGCAUCGUCACAGCACGCUGCAGCGCGCGCCGUCACAGCACCGGGAGGCACGCGCACAGUCACGCCCGUGGUGGGGCUGCUGGCGGACGGAGACGACGGUGUGCGGGCGAGUGUGCAGCAGCGGUACAGCCACCAGGAGGCGCGGGCAAAGCGGCGGCAGCAGAAGUUGCGUGCAAGCAAGAUUGGCGCUGCCAUACGAGAGGAGGAUGAGGGCGGAGAGGAGGGCACACAGCGAGCAGUCACGGCGCCGGCGGCAUCAACGCGCGAAGAACGGGAAGCGCGGCGGAAGCGAAGGGAGAAGAGCAAGAUGACAAAACAGCAGCAGCAGCAGCAGCAGCAGCAGCAGCAGCACAGGCAGCACAGGCAGCAUGGUGACAAGGAGGAGGAGGAGGAGGAGGAAGAUACGGUCAGCGGUCGCGAUGAUCACAUCAGUCAGCAGCACCGGCGCCACCAUCACUCGCGGCGGCACAAGCACGAACGCACGGACAAAGACGCAAAGACACGCGAGGGCUCCAGAGCAGACAAUGCAGCGCAACAGGGGCGGGGUGGCUUCAACGCAACAUACAAAGUCGGUGCAGGUGAUGCUGGGGAUGGCGGUAGUGAUGAGGGUGAGGGUGACACAACACAACGGGAGCAGCAGCAGCAGCAGUUGGAGGAAGAUGCUGACAACAGAGAAGCCCGGUUGAUGGGCACGCGUGUGUUGGGAGCAGGUGACGACACGUCCUCUGUUUCUUCAGCUCGGCGUGGGUCGCGCUUGCCUGUGGCAGCAGAGAUUGCACACACGCACGCACACACGCGAGGCGGUGACCGCAGACCCGGUGCGAGAGAGCGAAUGGGGUCCGGCGAGGCAGGCACCCGAAACGAGAAGCAAGACACAUAUGAUGAGCAGCAGCUGUUUGAGGAAGAAGGGAUGAAGACGCGGGUGCUGCCUGCUCGUGAACGUCUUCGAUCGGACAUUGACAUGGGCACGGCAUCAUCUUUGUCGUCCACACCCGUUCCCGUCCCACGAUCAUCACUCCAUGACUCCUCCUCCCGUCUGAAGUCUGCACCAGCAGCAACUGCUGUUGAUGUUGAUGUUGGCGAUGGGUUUGCUGCUCUGCAGGACCGCUUCCACCGAAACUUGCAGGCAACAGACAUGUGGGACGAUGAGUUUGGGUCACGUGCUGCGACAACGCUGUUGACUGAUCAGUCCUCCUCAACAGCACCCGUGACCACUGUGCGGUACAUUCUGACGUCGCGCACGCUUUUCGUCCAUGGCACGCAAUCCACCAUUUCGCUGUGCCUGCAAGCAGCGACCGCCCUGCUGCAUGGCCUCCAGCAGCCUACUCAAGAAAACCAGAGCCAACCAAAACAACAACAGCAGCAGCAACAGCAGCAACAACAACAGCAGCAGCAGCAAAGUAGCGAACUCACACCACAGAGCGCAGGCAACGUGCUGGCAGCCAUGUUUUGGAACACGAGCAUUUGGACGAGCACGAGCGGCGCCGCUGAAAUCGGGCCUGUGACAAACGAGCUGCUGCAUCGAGUGUUUGACGACCAGACGCUGCUGGUUCAGCGCCUGCAAGCAAUUCUGGAGUGCAACCUCACCUCCGCCGCAGCCCACGCGCUGGCCACCGCUGCCAGUGCCGCUGCUGUUGGUGGCAGCAGACGCGGCUCACGAGGCCGUGGUGAUGGCGGUAGCAGUGGUGACGGGAGCAGACGAACCAGCCGUGGUGGUGGUUUGGUGUCACCUGGUCUUGUGCUGGACGACGGGCACCUCCUCAUGCUUGGCGCCGUUGUUGAAGCCAUUGCAUUGCUGAUCCACUUCCCGGCCGCCUGCGCCAGCUUCCUCGAGUCUGAGCCCGCACUGCCUGAAGUGCAGAUUUUCACGCAGCAAGUUUCCCAGCUGCAUGAAGACCUUGCUGGUGGGUUGUCGACCGACACAUCACCAACAUCGACGGGGACGCCGCUUCACGCCCUCCUCGCCCUCUGCCACACGGACGUUGGACAAGCUGCACUCUGGACGUUGUGGCACGGCAGCUGUGACGGCAAUGUCUUGCAGGCGAUGGCCCAAUCCCCGCUUGUACAGGAGCUGCCCGAUGCCGCCCUGCGAGGUUCCGCCACACGACAAAUCAUCGGCUGCGCACUCUUGGCGCGACUGUUGACACACACGGACGUGUGCGCACAGCACCCACGCUUCCUGCAAGUGCUUGUGCCGGCGGUUUUGCAUCUUCUCCGUGAGAACCUCGCCAACGCCCGUGCUCGCCGCCUCCGCAACACCCUCACACACAACACCGACACGGAUGUGCAUGCAGCGUUGGCGGUGUGUGCGGCAGCGCGCUGUCUUCUUCUCGUUCCACACUCCACGCUGUUGCCUGAACAACGCCGUGUUCUCGGCGCACUCAUUGUGAAUGCGGACAGCGUGGCGCUGCUGCGUCGUCUGUCCACGCAAUUUGGCGGCCGCGGGACACACCUGCUCUCCUUUGCCGGCAUGUACUUGGACAAGCCAAGCUUGGAGGUGUACGGUGCGUGCCCUGUUCUUGACCGCGUUCCGAUGGGGGUGACGGAUCCGUACCUGAUGCUGCUGGACGUGUGCACGCAUCCGGCAAAGGGCUGCGUUUCCGAGGAGUGGGCGGCACAGGGCGCUCACGGCAUCUGGCACGGGUGCUAUGAUGUGCUGGUGCGCGUUGUGUCGAGCGAUGCGCGCCACCUCGGGCGGCUGGUGCAGUCCCCGCUGCUUCGCCUCUCGGACGACUUUGGCGGCCCGCCCAUCGCCGCCGGCCUCGGCGCUGUCACGUGGCGUGGCCUCGCUGCUGUGCUGCAUGUGCUCAAGCACGGGCUGUCUGUCAACCAGGAGCUGACGCUGCACAUGCUGUCGGACUCGUGGCAGCUGGUCAUGGUGGAGGAGGGCGCACACGGUACCGGAACACUGGCGCAGUCCGGGCAGCACGGGGAUGAGACGGUGACGGUGAACGAGAGCGUGGCGUCCUUACCAGAGAUGCAGGCGUCUGUCAUGUCCAAGAACGCAUCGCUGCAAGGGGUGUUCAGCACCUUCCGCACCGUGAUACGCGUCAUCACCAUCACCGCGUCAGAGCACAAGGGCGAGGCGGCGGCAGAGUCAGGCCUGAAGCUGUUUCUGCGCGAGUCGUGCGGUCUCUUCUACGCGCUGUUGUCUCUUCCCUCUGCACUUCGCACAGACGCCCUCAAGAUGGCGUUGCGGUAUAAGACGCUGCAAGACAUUUUGCAGGUGUCCCUCAUGUACAAGCACACGGACGAGCUCUACUUCAUCCUCACAGGCCUGGCUGUGCAGCUGGCUGGCUCAGAUACAGACCUUGCGCUGCAGUUUGUGCGGUGUCUUGUUGUGCUGGACGAGGAACCGGAAGUGCGCGCGUUGCCAAUCAUGUGCUCGGAGGAAACCUUGCUUGACCACGUCCUCAACACGCUUCUCUUCCAUGCUCCACAAGAUCUGAUUGCGGACACGAUUGAGACGCUGUCUGGAAUUGCGCGCCUGUCGCAGGAUUACUAUCCACUUCUCAACAGCAUGAACCUCUUUGAACGCGUAUCCAUGCAUUUGACCAAGAGCCCCUCCACGCUGACGGCGAAGACGUGUGCGUUCCUCGGCAACUUGCUGCGCCAUUCCGGCUACUACUACUCUUACUUCUCACGGUAUCCUGAGGUGUUGACAAACCUGGUGGCGUGCCUGUCGCAAGACAAUUCAGAAGUUCGCAAGUUUGCUGCCUUUGCAGUCGGCAACCUCGCCUUCCAUGCAGCCACGUUUUAUGAUGAGCUGGCCGCCGCUGUUCCUGCGCUGCUGUCGCUCUUGCGUGAUCCUUCCUCGCGCUGUCAAGCCAAUGCUGCAGCUGCCAUUGGCAACUUGUGUCGCAACAGCACGCAACUUGACGACGUGUUUGUUCAACACCAUACAUGCGAAAGGCUAUUGGACUGUUUGGAUGCAAGCGAAGUGACACAAACACAGCAAGUUGUCCUCUUCAGUCUUGGCAACCUGGCCAAGCUGCCGAAGAGCAAAGGGACGAUUGACGGCACGCGCAUCCGUCAAAUACAGCUCUCAGACUCCACAAGUCGCAAGUAUGCUGCUCGCGUUCUGAACAAGCUAGAAGCUUCGUCGUAGUCAAUCGGCCUGUAGUGCCGAAACAUCACCACUGCCACUGCCACCGCCACCGCAACAGUCGCUGCCCUCAACCCAGCCCGCUGUACACGCUUGCUUUGCCACAUGUUACUUCGACCAUGCAUCGUAUCGUGUUGCUUCAAUUGUGGACACAUGAUGCAUGCAUAGUUGAUUCCGCUGUGCCCUUGCUUCUCUGUCAUCGUGUACAUGACCUCUAGAUGUCUCCUUUCAUUCAUUCAUUCAUUCAUUUGGUUUCUGGUGUCGACAUGAGGAAGCUGCAUUCACAUACACGCAAUGGA